AUGUUCGGGGGCGGGAAGGCGUACGCCAAGGCGCCGCGCGCGAAGGCGGACCCCUUUGCGGAUGUUCUGAAGGACCCGGGCUUCCCGGCCGAAUACCCGUUCGGAGAGAAAGAGAUGGCGAGAUACGACGAGAGCUCUGAUUUUAUCUUUUACUCUCAACCUAGAUUCGUGACGCACAUCGACGACGAAGCGAUCGGCGCGUUGACGAAGUAUUACGAGCGCUCGUUCCCACCGGCGAGCGAAGACGUGGCGAUUUUGGACGUGUGCAGUAGCUGGAUCUCCCAUUAUCCCGAAGGAUACAAGGCUGGGAAGAUUUCUGGGAUCGGGAUGAACGAGGACGAGUUGAAGAAGAACCCUAUUUUAACCGAUUACGCCGUCCGGGACUUGAACGAAGAUCCGACGUUUCCGUAUGCGGACAAUACCUUUGACGUCGUCACGAACACGGUGAGCGUCGACUACCUCACCAGACCUUUGGAAGUCAUGAAAGAAGUGAGCAGAGUGUUGAAACCGGGUGGCACGGCGAUCAUGAGUUUCUCGAAUAGAUGCUUCCCCACCAAAGCCGUGGCCAUUUGGACCGCCACGGGGGACUUGGAUCACGUUUGGAUCGUCGGCGCGUACUACCAUUUCGCCGGCGGUUUCGAGCCGCCCGCGGCUGAGGACAUCUCGCCCAAUCCCGGCAAGACGGAUCCCAUGUACGUCGUCACAGCGAAGAAAAUGACCGCGUGA